AUGAGUCCUCGCUGUUCCCUUGAUAGCGGGAGAACCGGCCGGGGGCUGCGCAGUAGCCAUGGCAUUACCAUGGACGAAGACGGAGACCUCAGACUGCAGGGCCAGCUCUCUGUGGCCUGGCAGUUCCAAGGAGAGCCGCAAACGCUAACGCUGUCUGAGGAACCUCUCUCGCCUCGGGGGCGAGCAGUAGCCCAGCCAGGGGCAGAGCUGGACGCAGGGGUGCGGCUGGGAAACCACCUGGCUGCCAGCUGCCCCACGCACCAGAUCUGUGACAACCAGACUUCAGAACUUGGAUCUGCCGGCGGAUGGGCGCUGAGCUCCUCAGGGCUGUGCCCGGUGCCCCUUCCUGCCCACCCCCGCCUGCCAAAAGAGCUGGAAGUGGGGAGAGAGGAAGGGGGCAGGGCAGCAGCCCUCCGGCCACGCCCCCAUAGCCCCACUUCCUCCUCAGCCCCGCCCCUAACGGCACAUUCGCUGGCUAGAGUCCCUACCAGGCCCCACCUCCUAACGCCGGGCAUUUCCGAGAGCCCCCUGGUCCCUGGUGUCCCCCUCACCCCUGCCCGUGCCCGUUGCAUCCCACCUGGGAGGCCCCCCCCCUUGGAGGCGGGCGGCUCCACCCUUCUGGGCCCUGGGGCACCUGGCGGGUGCCUGGUGGGGAGGAGGCUCCAGCCCAGCUUCCCGGCUCCCUGUGAACCCCCCCCCCCGGGCCUGAGUUCUGUGCAGGGUCCAGGCUGGUCCGCAGCCUCCCAGAGUGCUUGGAUUAUAGAAGGGCACCAUCACAUCCAGCGACACCAGAACUUUUCAAUAGCUGGCCAGGUGACACGCACAGCACACACACCGAGCAGCUGUGCCGCAGCCUGUCCACCGGCUCACGGCUGGGAGCCACCAGGACCAGCGCCACCCCGGGAGAUUUUCAGGCGAAGCGGCUGUGCUCCUCUCACACCCUGGGCUCCUGCUGUCCCAGGGCCGACUCCGCAGCUCAGCCGUGUCCCAAGCCUGUCACAGAUGCUGCUGGCCCUGACCGGGGCGGCCUGGUUCCCAUCUGCACGGGGACCUGAGCUGGAAAUUCAUGCACUAAAUGUUUUUUUCCACGUCAUUUGGGUCUGGGGAUUUGGUCAAAAACAACUUGGAGCCCCACGCGCCAAGGCCCAGUUUCCAUCUCCAAACCGAAGCAGAAAAUGGAGCCCUCAGUUGGAUUUGGAGAGGAGCAGGCCUGCCUGGCACUCGCGUCCUGAGGUCACAGUGCAGGGGGCUGCGUGUGGCCUUGCUGUGGGUGCCACUUGAACCGCCUUCCCUGCAUCCGCAGCCCUCGCGGGCCUCAGCCCCCCUGCUGUUGUGUGCAGCGCGGGGAAAGCCUGGCUCCAGCCACACCACAGGCACAGGCAGGAGGGCUUGGGGCUUCAGCACCUGCUCUGGGGAGACAGCUCAGCCACCCCGAGCAGUGGCCUGGGCUUUUCCAAGGGGCAGGGUGACACCAUGAAGCUGGCGCUAGGGUCCAGUCCAGUCCAGGGGAGCGGUCCUUGGGGCCCCUCCCAGGUGGCCACUGUCCCCUCCUGUCUCCCACGUCGCCUUCCUGGAGAUGCCCCCACCUCAGUCGCCAUGGUGUCUGCCACCGCCACUGUUGGCCCGUCCAGUCCCUGUGCUGGGAGCAGGAGCAGAGGACGGUGACACCUUGGGUGCCGGCUUCUGUGCUCACGUGAGCUGCGGACAAACACUAGAGAAGAGCUGGAGGCCCCUGGGCCCCAUCACCAUGCACAGCAGAGGACAGGGUCCUGGGGAGGUCCCUUGUUGUCUGCAGCACCCGGGGCUUGGGGCCUGGUCGUGGCAUCCGGGGGGCCUGGUGGAUGGCGGGAUGGCUCCUGUAGCACCACACCUGGAUGCAUGAAGGCCAAUCUUCGUGACCUUUCCUGGACAGGGAGACCAUGGCCUGGCACAGCAGGGGUGGCGGACUGGGUGGGGGCGCACGGGCAUGGGUGUUUCUCAGCACCAGGCUCUGUCUCACCUGGUGCUGAAAGCCUGAAGAGGGGCCAGGCCUAGGUGCAAGGACGGUGACCCCGCACAGCUCUUCUCCCAGAAGGCCACUGGGCUCUGGGGACAUGGAUUUGGGGGACAGCAUUCGCACUCGCUAGAGUGAGUGGCCACAUCUGGGAGAGAGGGAGAGGAAACCCUGUCUGCGCUUGUGGCCCGUG